UUGCAGUGGGUCCAAAGCUUUUCCAGUAUGUCCUAAAGGUGCUCGUGCAGUCAGUGCAGUUACUGUACACGUUGCUGAGGAUAGAUCAGCCAUCCUAUAUUCUUCUUCAGAACUGAACUGGCCUCAUCAGUGGUGUAAACCUGUAUCCAGGUAUUUUUUGGCUCUAAACUUUGAUUUGUCUGUUAACAAGUCAUUUUCUUUUCCUGUUAGUUAUGCUUUCAAACUUCAUUGCCAUGGGUAGUAGUAAGGAAUAAAUCUUACUUGAAUUGUUGAUGUCUUUAUUGGAGGGGAAUUUUGAUCUUGAUCUUAGGGUUAAAUUAGAAGUAUCUGCCAGUGUUCAUAAGUGAAUACAAACAGUCUCUGUUCAUGAAACUCCUUUAAGGUGAUACAAAUUUGAUUUUUUGUUUCUGGUAGUUGCUUUGUGUUUGUCACUUGGCCACAGUCUUGUGCUAUUUUGGUUUUGUUUUUGAGCAGAAUCCCCCAGGCUUGCCCAGUAUAGCUGUUGCCUGGGUGGCAGGGCUGUGGUGGGGGAGCAAACUCAUCAUUGAUUGGCACAACUAUGGAUACACCAUCAUGAGCCUGAGCCACGGGAGGAACCACCCACUGGUGCUGAUUGCAAAAUGGUAUGAAAAGCUUUUUGGGCGCUUGUCUGACUAUAACCUGUGUGUCACUGAUGCCAUGAAAAAAGAUCUCUGGGUGAAUUUCAAGAUAAAGGCUGUAACUUUGUAUGACAAACCAGCAUCUUAUUUUAAGGAAACUCCAUUAGACCUCCAACACAACCUGUACAUGAAACUUGCCAAAGACUACGAGCCUUUCAAACCACGUACAGAGCUCAGUGCCCACAGAUCAGCCUUCACGGAGAGGGACGGGAAAAGUGGGAAUGUGCUGAAGACCAAGGGCCGGCCAGCCCUUCUCAUCAGCAGCACCAGCUGGACAGAGGAUGAAGACUUCUCAGUCCUUUUAAGAGCUUUGGAAGAUUAUGAGAGGUUUAUCGAGGAGGGAGCCAAGCUUCCAGCUUUAGUGUGUGUCAUAACAGGUAAAGGACCUCUAAAAGAUUACUACAAUGGACUGAUCCAAAAACUGCACUUUAAGCAUAUCCAGAUCUGUACACCAUGGCUGGAAGCUGAGGAUUACCCUCUUCUGCUUGGCUCAGCAGACCUGGGGGUGUGUCUCCAUAAAUCCUCCAGUGGUUUGGAUUUGCCCAUGAAGGUGGUGGAUAUGUUUGGCUGCUGUUUACCUGUGUGUGCAAUUCAUUUUGAAUGUUUACACGAACUGGUGAAACACAAUGAGAACGGUUUGAUAUUCAGGGACUCGAAGGAACUCGCAGAACAACUGAAGAUGCUUUUCUUGGAUUUCCCUAGCCUGGAAGGGAAACUCCACAGCUUCCGAGAGAACCUGCGAGCAUCGCGACAACUGCGCUGGGACCAGAGCUGGGAGCAGACUGUGCUUCCCUUGCUGGGGAACAAGGAAUGACUGGGGGGAGGGAGGCUGUCAGACACAUCCCUGCAGCUGCAGAGAUUUGGGAAACAGUGAAUAAACACUUUGUAUUGUCUGCA